UCUGUAGAGUCGCCCGACCAAGCCGGAGGUAACACGGGUAUUUGAACCGCCGACCCCCGUGUUGGUAGGUUAACGGAAUAGACCGCUACGCUACCCGGACCAUUUUAUAUCCAAGUGGGAGUCGUGUCACGCUGAUUAACAUGAUCACACACAAGCGCUGACCACGUGUCGUCAUGCCGUAAAGCGGUUCAUGACUCCAGAGACGCGGCAGCAGGCAGCAGCUUCCUCACAUUCCCAGAUGCAGAAAAGCCAAGGAUCUUCUGAAGCCACUGAGACUGGCCCCCUAGAGGACGACAUGGUAGACGGAGACCUGGGUGAUGGGAUGAGCAGCAGACAAGGGCUGAAUACCGCCAGGAAGAAGAGCCACAGUUUGAACGGCGGCUCUGCGGAGCACUGGCUGCCCAGAGAGGAGCUUUACAAGCGGGGCAAUAAAAGUGAUGUGAUCUUCUGUCUGACGCCUAAACAGGCUGCAGAGGGAAAGCAGAGUGCUCCUUGCUGGAGGCUGACUGGAGCAGAGUCCCUGGUUGACUUCUCCAAAGCUGAGCUGAGAGAACGACUACAGGAAGUAACAGAGGCUGCAGAAGUGAUGCAGUGUGAGUUAGAAGUGACCCGUCGUUACCUGGAGGGCAAAUAUGAAGCUCUGAAGAUCCUGCAGGGAAAAGCCAUCCUGGACAAAGCCACCAGUCACACAAAGAGCCUGCUCCACAAAAGUGAGGAGAGGGUGAAAGAUCUGGAGAAGGAGGUGAACAGCUUGCAGUGGGAGACCACCUUCAACCAGGUGCAGUUAAAGAAAUAUGAGCGGUCCUGGGAACAGAAAUACGACAGGAUUUCCACUGAGAACAAAGCUCUGAGUGACAGGCUGAAGGAGAAAACACAAGAGGUUCAAGAGCUGAGAACAGAAAAUGCUGGUCUAAGUCAACAGUGUUUCGAGCUCCUCUCCAUGCCGGGUGUUGCAGAGCAGAGGGGCCUCCAGAGCAGCGAGCUUGCAGGCCGUCGGGGUGCAGAAGGACCUGUAGUGGAGCUGGGCGUGUUGUUGGCGUGCCGGUGCCCCGGCGCCAGGCAGCCCUGCCUGUGUGCCAGGAGUGCUGCUGCCUGCAGGAAGCAGCUCCUCCAGCUCAGACAGGAGCUGGAUGCCCAACGGAGAAGAAAAGAGGAGGCGCAAAUGGUGGCUGAUGCAUUCCGCAUUGCCUUUGAACAGCAACUUGGGAAACAAAGGGACCACCUUCUUCUUUUGGCUGAGCCGCAUAUGACGACUUCCAUGUCAGCUGGUGCAUCUAACCCUGCAGCCAGUGUAGGCCAGAGAUUAAGAGGCAGGCUGCCCUCCAGCCUGCAGCUCAACGUGUCUGACAAGCCCAUGGACACUCUGCACAACCUGCUGGACUUGCUGAAUGACAAGGAGGAGGCUCUUGCACACCAGAGAAAGGUGAGCCUCAUGCUAGCCCGCCAUACUGAGGAGCUGGAGAAGCAACUGCAAACAUAUGCCAGGUGCCAGCAACAGCAGCCCUCAGUCUCCAAGUGUCAUCCCAAAGAUCUGGCAAACCUGGCAAACUCAAUGAGCCUACCACAGGAAGCAUCAGACUCCAGGCCCAAGUAGUCAUCGAUAGAAUUCAUGCUUCAGCCACAGCAGCCUGUCUUGGCCUCUGCAUGCUGUAAUGGUGGCAGUACAUUACAGUGGGGCAUGAGGAGAGCAUCAGCUGCAUUAAAUCUUGAUACCAGUGGUACUUUACUCUGUGACUUGGGCUGCACACCAGUUACACCACUGAUUAUCAACAUAAAAUUACAAUAAAUGUAACCCUUAAUCUAUGUUCUCACCCCUCCGGGUCACUUUCCAGAGGAACCUGCUGGAAUAGAGGAAGCAAAAACCGUGUAUUAUAUAUAUAUAAAUGGUAAAUGGACUGCAUUUUAUAUAGCGCUUUUCUAGUCUACUGACCACUCAAAGUGCUUUUUUACAAUGUAUGCUUCACAUUCACCUAUUCACACACACAUUCAUGCACUGAUGAAGCCAUUGAAACCCACCCAUAGAUGGACCAGUACAAAGGUCUGUCUUAAUGGGAUCACAGAAAGUUGAAUCAGUUCAUCUGGACACAACGUAUAACAACAUAGUAUAUGAAAUAAUUAAUGGAAUAAUGUGAUUGACUACAAAGGGAAAGCGAUGACUUCCUUUAGACAUGUCUGCGCACUUAAAAGAAAGGGUUUUUUAGGGAGUUGUUCCUUAUCUGAUGCAAGGGUCUAAGGACAGGAUGGUGUGCUGCUGUAAAGCCAGCCCCUUGAGGCAAAUUUGUAAUUUGUCAUAUUGGGCUAUACAAAUAAAAUUGACUCAACUUCCAGAGGGCUGAUUGGUGAGGGUGUGAACAUUCUGGAAGUUGUUUCAGGGCAGGGUAGGUGUGCAGCAUCAACUGCAGGGGCAAUGUACAAUCAGUGGUAACUUUGUAAGUUGCACCUUCCUUUUAGGAGGUGAGGCCUUUUUGCUUAUGAGAUAUGUGAUAUGUAUUAUAGAGCAAUAAAGUACCAACAAGUCAUUGAAA